GUUAACAUGGCGGCUUGCAUGAGUGAAAACGGUGCCAAUGGAAAACUUGAAUUCUUUUUAACGGUGCCUUUCCCAUCUGAAAGAGAAGCAAUUAUUGCGCUGCAGUCUUUAUCGCCAGAUGCUGAGCCCAGGAAAGGAGGAAUCGCCAAACAUCUGGAUGUUUCAGGACAAACACUGUCCGUGAGAUGGACUGCGGAUGAAGCCCGUAUUCUCCGUGUUUCUGUAAGUUCAUUCCUGGAUCACUUGUCUCUAGUGAUGGAAACUAUGGAUGCGUUCGGACCACCUGUUUCACAAUGACACGUUUGAGGGCUAACAACAGGAAAAAGAUAAAAGUUUUGGACCCAGAGACACACCAUGCUUGCUUGUAGGUCUAAGAAUGUGAUGGUCAGUCUGAACUGAGGACCCAAAAAGCAUAAUGUGCUUUUAUUCUGUUUGUGGAAUGCCAUAUUUUCUUCUGAUGUCUUAAGAAAAAUGCAAGACAAAUUUGUAGAUAUAUAAGAACCACAGUGUUUUGUCAUCUGAAUAAAGAUUUAUUACUGGAGCAUUGUUCAGAAAACAAUAAUAAGAGAUGAUUUAACAAUGUCCAAGGAAAGGUAGUUGUUUAUAAAAAAGGGACAGAAGUAUUUGUAUCUAUUGGCAGACAUCACUGAUUAUAACCUUUUCAAUCAAAAUAAUCUACAGUACUGGUUGAAAGAAAUGAACAUGUUAAAAAUCAAAUGCUGAAGAGGUUGUUGGGACUCUUGUCUGCUUUCCUUCACAUUUUGAGCAGUUU